UACAAGUUUUUGUUAACUAGCCUUUUUAAUUACCAAAAAAAUUGCGUUGUAUUCGAAACCAUUUUGCUUAGUCUCUAACAUUGGCAGGUCCCAUCAAGAUAUCUUCGCUUUUUAAGAUUUAAUUGAGCCGGCACGUUCGCUGGACGCGCGGUCAUUACAGCCAUGUCGCUCACCUUCCGCGUACAUGUGAGGGAAAAACAGCGACGCUUCGUCGCUGGCUUUCAGAUACAGAUAGAAAUCUGAAUGAAAUGUCGCUGCGGCUUAUCAGAUAAGUUUGGAGCGCGCUGGAGUGCGGUUGCAGCUGCUCUCGGGAAUCAGAAUCAGAACUCGAAUCGGAAUCAAAUUAACUCGCAUAAGUUAUUGAGGAGAAGUCGGGCCCCCUAGAACAGCGGCCGGUAAUACGGAAUACGGUAUAUGGUAUACGUUAUACGGAUCUUGACCUCGUCGGUAAUUUGGUGCGUUUGCGUGCCAGUCGAGUAUCUGAAUCUUAGAAUCGAGUAUCUAGCAUUGCGAAGCGCGAGUCCAGACCUCCGGUCCAUUCCCUCCUCCUCCGCCCGGUCGGCUCCAAUAAAUUAUUAUAAUUAGCAUAGUUGAGGGGACAUCCAGUCGCAGCCGCAGCCGCAGCAGUUAAACGGCAGUGGAAUUUAGCGCUGUUAGUGGAAAUUUUGUGAAAACAAAAGGGGAAAAAUUCCAGGCCGCCGGCGCCAUGUCCGCUGGCAAUGUGAGCCUCGAUCUUGGACCGCCUCGCGAUCCGCUGGCCAUUGUUAUACCCGUAACGGUGGUCUACUCACUGAUUUUUAUAACCGGCGUGGUGGGCAACAUUAGUACCUGCAUUGUGAUUAAGAAGAACCGUUCGAUGCACACGGCCACGAAUUACUACCUCUUUUCGCUGGCCAUCUCCGACUUCCUGCUCCUGCUGUCGGGCGUUCCGCAGGAGGUGACCUACAUCUGGUCCAAGUACCCGUACGUGUUUGGGGAGUACAUCUGCAUCGGACGUGGCCUGUUGGCGGAGACAUCGGCGAAUGCCACGGUGCUAACGAUUACGGCCUUCACGGUGGAGCGGUAUAUUGCCAUUUGCCAUCCGUUUCUCGGCCAGGCCAUGAGUAAACUCAGUCGCGCCAUUCGGAUCAUCGUCCUGGUUUGGAUUAUGGCCAUAGUUACGGCCAUACCGCAGGCGGCCCAAUUCGGCAUCGAGCACUAUUCGGGUGUGGAGCAAUGCGGCAUUGUGCGGGUUAUAGUGAAGCACUCGUUUCAGCUGUCCACGUUCAUCUUCUUCCUGGCUCCGAUGUCCAUUAUCCUGGUGUUGUACCUGCUGAUCGGUGUGCACCUGUACAGGUCGACCCUGGUGGAGGGCCCCGCCUCGGCUGCCCGACGGCAGCAGCUGAAGAGUGUGCCCAGUGAUACGAUCCUCUAUCGCUAUGCCGGAUCCGCAACCGCCAUGAGUCUCAAUGGAGGAGGGACAGCGGGAUUGAUGGGCGGCUCGGGGGCUCAACUCAGCUCGGUGAGAGGUCGGCUCAAUCACUAUGGCACCCGGCGAGUGCUCAGGAUGCUAGUGGCCGUUGUGGUGUGCUUCUUCCUGUGCUGGGCCCCCUUCCACGCCCAGCGACUGAUUGCCAUCUACGCCCCUGCACGGGGGGCCAAACUGCGGGAUCAGCACGAGUUUGUCUACACGGUGAUGACCUACGUCUCCGGAGUCCUCUACUACUUGUCCACCUGCAUCAACCCGCUGUUGUAUAACAUCAUGAGCCACAAGUUCCGAGAGGCCUUCAAGGCCGUGCUGUUUGGCAAAAAGGUGUCGAAAGGUUCGCUGAACUCGCGAAACAACAUCGAAUCGCGCCGCCUGAGGAGGGCACUUACCAAUUCCAGUCAAACGCAGCGCUUUUCCAUUGAGUCGGCGGAGCAGCCGAAGCAGUCACAGUCGAUAAUGCAAAAUGCGACGAACAAACCGCCAGUCGCCACCCAGUACGCCAUGAUCAGUGCCCAAGUCAACUGAUAAACUCGAACUGACUCUCUCGUGCGGCUCCCUGAUGCUAAUUUAUUUGAAUUCUGUUUAAGCCAGU